ACCAUCUUCUCCUUUUCUUCUUCAUAUCACAACUCAAACUCAAACUCGACGCAACCCUCUUCUCUCUUUGCAAAGAAGCCUCUCCAUUCAUGGCGUCGUCUUCGGGUAGCUUGGAUACGAUUGCCAAUUCUUCCAACUUCACUUUCUCCACUCAUCCUUUCAUGUCCACCACUUCUUUUACUGAUCUUCUCGCCUCCCCCAAUCCUCCUGAUCAUGAGAAUGAUUAUGAACUCAUUAACGGUCGUGGCUUAGCCGAUAGAAAUAGCUCUGGUGUCCCUAAAUUCAAGUCUAUUCAGCCUCCUUCUCUGCCCAUCUCUCCCCCUUCCAUUUUCUCUCCCUCUUCUUUCUUCGCCAUCCCUCCUGGCCUCAGCCCUGCCGAGCUCUUGGACUCCCCCGUCUUGUUAAACACAUCUAACACUUUGCCAUCUCCAACAACUGGAACAUUCCCUUCUCAAGCCUUCAAUUGGAAGACCAAUUCUGGAAACAAUCAGCAAAAUGUCAAAAAAGAAGACAAAAGCUUCUCUGAUUUCUCUUUCCAGACCGAAACAAAACCUAAUUCAACCAUGUUUCAAUCUUCUACAAUCACUGUUACAACUGCACCAACACAACAACAACAACAAUGGAGCUACCAAGAAUCAACAAAGCAGAGGUUUUCCCCUGAGAUUGCAACUCUUCAAACCAACAGCAAUCAAAGCAAUAAUGGGUUCCAAUCAGAAUAUGGAAACUACCAACAGCAGAGCCAGGGUCAGUCCAUUAGAGAGAGCAGAAAAUCUGAUGAUGGAUAUAAUUGGAGAAAAUAUGGGCAAAAACAAGUGAAAGGAAGUGAAAAUCCAAGAAGUUACUACAAGUGUACUUAUCCCAGUUGUCCAACAAAGAAGAAAGUUGAGAGAUCUUUAGAUGGACAAAUAACUGAGAUUGUUUACAAGGGCAGUCACAAUCAUCCAAAGCCUCAAUCGACACGGCGAUCAUCUUCUUCAUCGGUUAGUUCUAAUGCAGUUCCGCUUUCCGGUGAAGUCCCGGAUCAGUCAUUUGCCACAUACGGCAGUGGACAAAUGGAUUCUGUGGCAACCCCGGAGAAUUCUUCCAUAUCGGUCGGGGAUGAUGAUUUCGACCGGGUAUCACAGAAGAGUAAAUCCGGAGGAGAUGAGUUUGAAGAAGAUGAACCUGAGGCCAAAAGAUGGAAAACUGAGGUCGAAAAUGAAGGCAUUUCAGCUCCUGGAAGUAGAACAGUGAGAGAGCCUAGAGUUGUGGUUCAAACAACAAGUGACAUUGAUAUUCUAGAUGAUGGAUACAGAUGGAGGAAAUAUGGACAAAAAGUUGUCAAAGGAAAUCCAAAUCCAAGGAGCUACUACAAGUGUACACAUCCAGGAUGUCCAGUGAGAAAGCACGUUGAGAGAGCAUCUCAUGAUCUGAGAGCAGUGAUCACAACCUAUGAGGGGAAACACAACCACGACGUUCCCGCAGCUCGUGGCAGCGGCAGUCGGGCAUUGCCAGAAAACAAUAACAACAACAAUAACACCAAUGCUGCCAUGCCGAUAAGGGUUCCAACUGUGAACCAUCACACUAAUAACUCCAUCAACAACCCUCUACGCAAUUUGAGGCAACCAUCAUCGGAAGGCCAACCACCCUUCACCCUGGAAAUGUUGCAAACCCCCGGGAGUUUCGGAUUUUCAGGGUUCGGAAAUUUCAUGAAUGAGGCACAAGCUACCGACAAUUUGAUGUCAAGAGCCAAGGAUGAGCCAAGGGAUGACAUGUUCUACGAGUCAUUGCUAUACCAAAAUUUGUGAUUAAUUAGAAUCAGAAGAAUAAGAAGUUCAGGCUCAUUUGUUGAUUUAUUUCUAUAUUCAGUUCGUUUGUUGUCGUAUAUUUCUACUUAAUUUAGAUACGUAUAUGCGCCAGUGUAGGGGGCAUAGAAGUCUCUAACACUUAAUUUUUUCAUUGUUUUGUGGUCUCUCCUUGCCAUAACUGGAGAAGCCUCAAUUCACUGUUUUUGUAUGAAUAUGUUGGUGAAUUAUUUUUCUCAAAAUAUUUUCUUGAAAAGGAAA